AUCGUGAAAUUCCAACAAUUAUUGGUCAAAAGUUUACAAAUAUUUCAACGUUACCUAAUUAUCCUUGUGAUUCAGGAAAUUUAGGUAUAUAUGUUGUUACAGGCUUAUCGGCCUUACAAAUGUGGCCAGUUUCUUUAAUAAAAAAUAAAGCAUUCCAAAUGAAUUUUGAAAAUGAUUCAACAUACCUCGUAUUUCCCUUAUUACAUCACAAAUUUUAAUUUCAAUUAAAAACAAAAGUAAAAUAUUAUAUAUAUUGUACAUACGUUAUUAUUAAAAUUAUAAUUAUUUCGAUAGAAAAUUCAAUAACAGCUUGAUCUUUGUAACAUUAUAUACUAUUUUCACAUUAUUUUCAUAUUAUUGUAUUAAAAUAUGCAUGUUAUAAGAAGUACAGAUAAUGAACGUAUUGAUGCUGCUCUAAAAAUGUUAUUUGUAAAGGUGUGGUACGUUAUUAUUGGCGACGAGUGGUGCUCUGUUGUACCCGACUCAUGGGUCUUCGAAAGCGAUUCAGUGAUUUGGUGGCCACCGAAAGGUAUCACUGUCACCACAGCAAUAUCAAAGGAAAUACAGUCCAACGAUACAUGGAGUUUAACUCCAUACAAACAGUUGAUUGGCCCAUUUGAUUCUUUUCAAGAAGCUCGGAAAAUCGAGAAGAAAUCAGCGGAUAUCUCAUCGGAUGCUGAUACUGAUGCUAUGCGUGCUGCAUUUGAUGAACCAUCCAAACGGUCGAAAAAAACUAGAAAACUCUCCUCCGAUGAGUCUGACACUUCUGAUGCCAGUUCCUGUAAUAUGCCGCCAAUUUCCCAACAACGUAAAGAAAAUACACCAAAAACAAUUUCCACGAUAUCCCUACCAAAAUGUUCGUACAUUAAAUCAAAGCAACGAUGCGAAGGUAGUUUAACCAAGGCAUCACAAUCGCAAAUGAAUAAGCGUGCUACAUUCUCAUCCAACUACGAAAAGACUUUAGACUCUACUCCGAAACGGAUCAAUGAUUUGAACGAAAAGCAACACAAAUCUAAAAAAUUGUCCGGCAUCUCGUCAGCUAAUUUUGGGAAAACCAAGCCUGCAAUGAUGGAGCGUCAUCAAGAAUGGCACGAUGAAUGUUACCUAUCUGACAUACAAGAAUUACCUGGUUCACUGCAGUUAGAUAAAGAAAAUCAAACGAGGAAUCAUAAUAACUGUUGUGGCGAAUGCAGAGAUUAUGUCCAAAAGGAAUUAAAAAAAUUGUCACGACAAUUGUAUAAAAUCGAAGCGCUGCUAAAAGAGCCGAAUGCAGGACGAGGUGACGAGGUUGUAGGACAAGAAUUAUUACCGUCGUUCCCGCUGAUGACGCUUCAGCAAUUUUUCGAAUGCGACAAUCAAUUGAAAGUGGAUGCGAACAUGAGAAAACAAUUCAUUCUGUGAUGAAACGGUCACCAGCUUCAACCCGUGCAGAAUUAGAAGCUACCAUGCAAGAAUGGCUCCGUCGCUCAGGUGACAGGAUAAGAAGUACGAUUAAUAAUAAUAAAAUGUUUAUUAAUCAGUAAAACAAAGUU